GUGUUCUUCCGCGGAAGCAAUGGAGGGAGACUGCGCCGUGGAGGAGUGAACUAACCACAAACACAAGCGUGUGCGUGCGCGCGCGCCUUGAGACCAGCGGCCCAUGCAUCAACAAUGCACUGAAUCUCGGAUAAUAGACAUCAGGAUGUCAGGACAAAACAGUGAUCAGCUGCACCGCACCACUCUGGCCAUUUAUACGAGCAUAAUGGAGCAGUUCAACCCCAGCCUGCAGAGACUGGUGGCACUGGGAAACAGCUACGUUCAGGCUUUCCAAGCUCUUGCCGUCACCAGUGAGGCUUAUUUCAGUGCUCUGUCUAAGAUGGGUGAACAGGCCAUGCAGAGUAUGUCAUCGCGUUUGCUGGGUGAUGUGUUGAUCCAGAUCUCAGACAGUCAGAGGAGACUCACCAAUGAGCUGGAGGGAGUGUUCCGCUGGUUCCACUCCGAGGUCCUUCGAGAGAUGGACAACAAUGUCAGACUUGAUAAAGAAUACAUAUUGAGCAGCAGGAGGAGCUAUGAGAUGGAAGUGAGAAGCCAGGCAACGGCACUGGAGAGACAGAUGAGGCGAGGGGUUCCACAGGAUGGCAGUGAAUAUGUGCACUUUCUCAGAGAGUGUCAGAAAGAGGCGUUAAAGGAGGAAGAAAGAAGAUAUCGAUUCCUGGCAGAGAAACACAGCGGAUUCACCCAGUCUAUUGCAUAUCUAAUGAACAAGACAGGGGGUGGCCUGAAUAACAGAGCAGAGGGGUGGAAAGAUCUGGUGAAUCACACAAGAGAAUCCCAUCCACGCACUCCUUCACGACUGGAGGACAACAUUCUUGAUGUUAACCGCUGGGCAGAGCAACCACUGGGCACGGUUCCCUCUAGAGGCCCCUCCCCCCAGCCCAGUCGUUCCAACUCCGUCUCAGGAUUGGCCGAAGGCAGAGUGAUGCGAGCACUGGUGCCCCACCCUCCCUCUGCAAACUCCACCCUCCUGCCGUUCUCCCGAGAAGAAACCAUCACACUACUCGUUAAAGAGCCGAGGAACGGCUGGCUGUUUGGCCGCUCUGACAGCUCUGGACGGCAAGGCUGGUUCCCAGCUGCUUACGUAGGCCCCAUGGAUGAACCACCUGGACCACCUGAUUCAAGUAGCAGCUCUUUCAGAUGCAGCAGCAGUAUGAGUAACCUCCUCGACCAACCCAUGAGCAGAAGCCAACAAACAGCUCCGCCUGUACCUCCGCCACCACCGCCAGCUCCAUCAACCAGAUCCAGCAAUUCCCGGCCGGUCACUCCCACCCCUUCUGAAAACAGAAUUCAAGAUAACUAUGAUUCUCGACCACAACUUUUUCCAAGAGGCACAAAUCCAUUUGCCACUGUGAAGCUGAAACCCACCAAAACCAACGACAGAUCAGCUCCACGCAUAUGAAUAAUAUUUUUUCAGCUAAUCAGUGCUGCACAUUACAUUGUUCAGCCAUUUUCAAAAACAUUAAUUUUCCAGUGUAAUCAGUAUGAAGCAUCACAAGACAAUGCAACUCAAGAAUGAUCAACACUAGUCUUUAAAAGUCCAUUAAAGAAGGUAGUUAAGAUAAUUUACCUUUACCUUCAGGCCGUUGGAGGGUCUGCGGCACUAAACAAUUUAUAACACUCUUUUAUAUAUAAUGGCCUCAUAAAUAUCUGGGCACAUAAGUCACACUUAAAAUGUAUGAAUUUCAUGAUGUGGCAUACUCAAACAAACACUGUGUUUUUAGAUGUGUUCCUCUCAAGUUCACUCAUGUGUUAUAUUAAACACAGGUGUAGUUCAUCACAUUAACUAUGAAGAUGAACUGACAUCUUAUGAAACCUAACAAACUUAUUUUGUAAAAUGUCUUGAAAUGUGUCAAAUUUCCACUUUGGUUUGAUAUUUUGUCAUAUAAUGGAAUGACAUUUUUAAAUGUGGCUUACAUGUCGAAAUAUUUGGUAUAUUCUGUGUAUUUUAAAACAUGACAACACUUCCUGGCUUUCUUGUCCUGUGUCUUCCGGUCCACUAUAAAGAGCAUCAGGUUUUGUAUGCUGGAGUGUUGUCCAACCAGGAAAAGAAAAUGCAGGUCAGCUCAAGUGCUUUUAAGUGCUGAGAUAAGUGUGUCUUUUUUUUAUCUUUACAUUUUUUAAAUAAUUGUAUAUAAUUUGCAUUAUGAAAGCAAAACACUUCUUAAAGGUCCAUGGUCCUCUAAAUGCAUUUUAUAAAUGUAUACUGUCAUAUUUGCUGCCAUUGGGGCUGGUUUAACUACUAGUUCUGUGUGGUCUGACCUCUGGGACCCCUAGCAUCUGUGAUAAGCGACUAUCGGUCUCUCUCCCACUCUGUGCUUGAACUUUGUCUCUCGGCUCAGUUAAUUCAUCUGACGUGUCCAAUUAUAAGCUGCCCUUAAAUCGGCUGUUCUGUCUGUUUAAGUGCUUAUUAAGUGAAUGUUCAUUUUAACCUUGACAGUAAUUGGUGUGACCUUCUCCUGAGGUGUCAAGCCCAUUAGUACAAAACCAUUUGUAGGGAUGUUUUGUAUUUCAUCAGGAAGGUUUUUUUAUUUUUCUUGUUUUUUCUUGUUUAAUUGACGCUGAAUAAUCAAAACGGAAAUAUGUGCCUAUAUCACAGCAGUAAUUGGCGUCUGUAAACCAGUGAUUACAGGAAAAGAUAAAGUCUCUCCUGUAAAUAUCUUGAACUAAUUCUUUACAUCUUGAUCUGUUUAACAAAUAAAAUGUAAAGUUGA